AUACUGGAUAGUUAUUAGGGAAGGCGAAUAAUAAAAGGAAGUUCUCCCUGCUUUCUAUUAUUGGGCAGAUUAGGAAGGGUUAAACCGAGGGCGGAGAGGGCGUCGCCGAUAAGAAGGAAGAGCAGGGGGCGACGCCGACGACUCGCUUCGAUCCCCUGAACGAUACCGUCGAUCUCUUCUCAGUCUUUUGCUGAGAUCCGUCCAGCGCCAUGGGGUUGUGGGAAGCUUUCCUCAAUUGGCUCCGAAGCCUAUUCUUCAAGCAAGAGAUGGAGCUAUCCUUAAUUGGUCUUCAGAAUGCUGGGAAAACUUCACUUGUAAAUGUGAUUGCGACUGGUGGAUACAGUGAAGAUAUGAUUCCAACAGUAGGAUUCAAUAUGAGAAAGGUGACAAAGGGAAAUGUCACAAUAAAACUUUGGGAUCUUGGAGGCCAGCCUAGGUUUCGCAGUAUGUGGGAGAGAUAUUGUCGUGCAGUCUCAGCCAUUGUAUAUGUUGUAGAUGCAGCUGAUCCGGAUAACUUGUCUAUUUCAAAAGGUGAACUUCAUGAUCUUUUAAGCAAGUCAUCACUAAGUGGGAUCCCACUGUUGGUCCUCGGAAACAAAAUUGAUAAACCAGAAGCUCUGACAAAGCCGAGUUUAACAGAAGCCAUGGGGCUUAAAUCUAUCACAGAUAGGGAAGUUUGUUGCUACAUGAUCUCAUGCAAGAACUCAACCAACAUAGACUCUGUCAUUGAUUGGCUCAUCAAACAUUCAAGGUCCAAAAACUGAGGAUUUAGCCUAACCCUGCACAGCUCCAAGUGGCCGAUCGUUUUCUUUGGAUUUCUUGGCUGUUUUUAUGGUUCUUCGUGAUGAUUUCCCCUUAUGGCUGGCUAGGUGUUAUGCUGAUCUACUUUAAGUGUGAGCGGGUUUAUCUCUCGUUACAUUCUCGUCAAAGUUUCUGAUUUAGGUAACCUUUCGGUUCUCGUGCAAAUUCCAGUUUGUACCUGAUGUAUAUUUGCCAUUGUGGAUAAUCUUGUCGAAUGUCUCUACUGUUCGUGAGCA